AUGAAGCAGAAUGCACUUAGGUUCGAGUUCAAUCUGGAGGCCAGCACAAUGGCGUUCGAUAGCGAGAUGUUCUUGGAGAGAUUGGAGUUGGGGAUUUGCAGGUCUGGGUUGGAGUCUAGCCAUGUGGAAAGAGCCCAAAUGGAGUCCGACGCGGUGGAAUUGGUAAGCGACUUCAGAACGGGCGAGAACGUCAGCAAUGUGAGGAGGAUCAAAAUGGCCGACUUGAGGGUGUCGAACAGGUCUGGCGGGUUGGGUUCGACCAGCAACUUUUCAAGGUCCAGAGUCCCGUCUCUGGUGGUGAUUGCGUCGAUCGACUGCUGGAACGGAGAACUGGAUCUGGAGGUUGGCCGCGACCGCGAGAUGUUGAACCGGGGGAUUCUGGACGGUCUAAUAAGCUGCUCGAUCUUGAGUUUUUGA